AUGUUAGCGGCAGAACAGGAAAACGCUCAGCUCAGAGAGGAACUGGUUAACCUCAAGGGAGAGAUGGAAAGAAUGGCACUUAUUAUGGAAACUAUGAUGGCUGAGAGAGAGCAAGCAGCAAUCUCCAAUUCAGCUCCUGUUGUGGUCGUCACAGCUGCACCUGAGGGUCCCCCGCAACCGUCUCUGACUACUACUACAACUAUCGGCCUCACCCAGCCUCUGAUGACUGAUUUUUCUUCUGGUAAUAUGGCAACUAUGAGUAACUCAGGCUUCCGUCCUCUUGGCCCCCAGGGUCCCUUUGCUACUCCUCAGUAUUCCAUGCCUUCAGGCUACCCUUGGGGCAUGCCGAUUGCAACUAACGGAGGUUUUGGUCCAGGCGCUACUGAAAUGCCAUUCACACAGGGUCAACAGACUUCAGCACCUUUCCAGAUGAGUCAACCGAUUCCUCAAGCUACCAUGACUCAAGCAGGUCCUACUGUGCAUGUUGGGCCACAACAUGAAGAGCAGAUUUAUCACUCCGACAGUAUAAUGGGGGAUGAUAAAGUAAUCGAUUGGGAAGAAAGGUUCGGUGCUCUAGAGAAGAAGAUGAGUAAUAUGCGGGGAAAGGAAACAGUCGUCCAAAGCAUAUAUGACCUUUGCUUGGUACCAGAUGUAAACAUACCUCCAAAGUUCAAGAUGCCUGUAUUUGAGAAGUAUCAAGGGGACACAUGUCCACAAAAUCAUCUAACUAUGUAUAUUAGGAAGAUGAUAGCUUACAAGAAUAAUGUUCCCUUACUCAUUCACUGCUUCCAGGAUAGUUUGACUGGUCCGGCACAUACCUGGUUCAUGGGGUUGAAAGGAGUCACUACUUUUGAACAGUUGGCUGAGGCCUUCAUGCAACAGUACAAAUAUAAUACCUAUCUGGCGCCAAGUCGCAAAGAGUUGCAGUCCUUAACCCAGAAAGAUAAAGAAUCGUUCAAAGAAUACGCACAACGCUUCAUUCAAAAAGCUGCUCAGAUUCGUCCUCCCUUGGAUGAGAGGGAACUUUCAGAAUUGUUCUAUGAAACCCUGAGCCCUUGUUAUUCAGAAAAGAUGAUUGUCCGUGCAUCACAGAAGUUCACUGAUUUGGUGGAAACAGGAAUGCGUAUCGAGGAGUGGGCUCGGAAGGGAGCAGCUGUUUCGGGAGGUUCUUCAGGUGGUUCUUCAGGGGUUUCGUCCAAUGGUAUUAAGAAAUUUGGGAAUGGGUACCCAAAGAGGAGUGCUCAAGAGGUUGGCAUGGUGGCUCAUGGAGGACCUCAGCCCGUGUACCCUAAUCACCCCUUUGUUGCCAACAUCACCCCACAAAUGACAGCGCCCCAGAACCCAAACUAUCAAUCACCCAGACCUCAAGGACCUGCACCAUACUACCCCCCAUUAUACCAACCACUAUACAACCUACAACAAUUCCCUCAACAACCAUAUUACCCCCAACAACCAUACCAACAAAGACCACAGCAACAAUCCCGUCCUCAGGCUCCUCACAAUCAGCAGAAUCAAAGGCAACAAUUUGACCCCUUGCCAAUGACCUAUGGAGCAUUGCUCCCUUCUUUACUUGCACAGAAUCUAGUCCAAACAAUACCACCUCCUCGCAUUCCAGACCCUCUCCCACGCUGGUACCGUCCGGACCUUCAUUGUAUUUACCAUCAAGGGGCACCAGGCCACGAUGUGGAGCGUUGUUUUGCUCUUAAGAAAGAGGUUCAGAAACUGAUAAAUAGUAAAGAGUUAACCUUCACCGACCCUGAUGCUGUAGCUCAGAACAAUCCUCUGCCUACUCAUGGGCCUGCUGUUAAUAUGAUUCAAGACGAUCAGGAAAAGGCUCGCAUUCUCUCUGUAGGUGAUAUCAAGACUCCUCUGGUACCGAUACAUGUGAAAAUGUGUAGAGCAACUCUCUUCAACCACAAUCAUGAAGCUUGUGACAUAUGUUUGAUGGAUCCUCGUGGAUGUAUACAAGUCCAGAAUGAUGUGCAGGGUCUCCUAAAUAGAAGGGAACUUGUGGUUACAAGGGAACCCGAGAGCAAGGACGUCUGUGUUGUCACUCCGGUAUUCAGAGCCAGGAGGCCGCUGGUGAUAAACCCUAACAGUACAAAGCCCGUUGGUACUCCCUUGGUAAUCUGUGUGCCUAGGCCCACGCCUACUACUGCUCAGAAAGCUGUACCCUACAAGUAUGAAGGCACGAUUCUAGAGCCCGGAAGUGAGACAACUUCACCUGUUGCUGUGGAUAAUAUCGCAGAGAAUAGCCGGAUUUUGAGGAGUGGCCGCAUCCUUCCUACGGUGGGUCCGAAAAGUGUUAGUGUUCUGGUCGAUGAGCCAGUAAAAGAGCGAAACGCUGGUAAAGGUAAACCUGGGGAGCAGGCCAAAGAGUUUGACUUUGAGGAUGCCGAUGAAGUCUUGAAGCUGAUCAAGAAGAGUGAAUACAGGGUGGUGGACCAGCUGUUACAAACUCCUGCGAAGAUUUCCAUCAUGGCCCUGUUAUCAAGUUCUGGUGCUCAUCGGGAUGCCCUGAGGAAAGUACUAGACCACGCAUUUAUGGAUUAUGAUGUAACUCUGGGUCAAUUCGAAAGCAUUGUGGGGAAUGUGACCGCGUGUAACAGUCUGACUUUCAGUGAUGAGGAUCUCCCGGCGGAGGGGAAUAAGCAUAAUCAAGCAUUACUCAUCUCUGUACUUUGCAGAACGGACUCGUUAUCCAACGUCCUGAUAGAUACCGGCUCUGCACUUAAUGUGAUGCCCAAGUCAACUCUCGACCAAUUGGCGUACUCCGAGGCUCCUUUGAGACUUAGCAAGGUGACGGUGAGGGCCUUCGAUGGAACUAGGAGAUCGGUGUAUGGUGAGGUAGAUUUGCCAAUUUCGGUCGGCCCACAUGAAUUUCAGGUUACUUUCCAAGUCAUGGAAAUCCAGGCUUCUAUUAGCUGUUUGCUCGGCAGACCAUGGAUUCAUGACGCUGGGGCGGUGACAUCUACUCUCCAUCAGAAAUUGAAGUUUGUAAGUCGUGGAAAGUUGAUCACUGUGAGUGGCGAGUCGGCCUUUUUAAUCAGCAAUUUGUCUGCUUUCUCUGUUAUCGGUGGUAGUAGUUCAGACGGGCCAUCAUUCCAAGGGAUGCCCGAAGGCUGGGGUCAGCUGGUGGAGUUGCCAGAAAACAAGCGUAAAGAGGGAAUUGGUUUCCUUAACAGUAAGCCUGGGAUGUUCGACCCUACCAGAGGUUCUUUCCAUAGUGCUGGUUUCAUUCAUGAUUCGCCAGAGACCAAUGCAAUUUUAGAUGAUGCACCUGGAGGAGUGACACCGGUCUUUGUGACGCCUGGAGGAGCUUGCUGCAACUGGAUUGCUGUUGACAUUCCUUCUGUGACACCCCGCUCUAAACUGAACAUAAGUGAAUCCGUUGAACACAGUGACCCCAUGCUUUCUCCCAACUUUGAGGUCCCGGUUUAUGAGGCUGUGGUAGAGGAGGAUGAAGAGAUCCCAAAUGAGAUCAAAUGGAUGUUGGAACAAGAAAGGAAGACAAUUCAACCUCAUCAGGAAGAGAUAGAAAUCAUCAAUCUGGGUACUGAGGAAGACAAGAAAGAAAUCAAGAUUGGGGCAUCGUUGGAUGUAUCUGUCAAGAAAAGAGUAAUUGAGCUUAUCAGAGAAUAUGUUGAUAUAUUCGCAUGGUCAUACAAAGACAUGCCGGGUCUAGACCCUGAUGUCGUUGAACACAGACUGCCUUUGAAGCCUGAGUGUUUCCUAGUCACAUCAGAGUAUCCUCAAUGGUUGGCCAACAUAGUGCCUGUUCCAAAGAAAGAUGGCAAAGUCAGAAUGUGUGUUGAUUAUCGGGACUUGAACAAGGCUAGUCCGAAGGAUAAUUUUCCUUUGCCUCACAUUGAUGUAUUGGUUGAUAACACUGCUAAGUGCAAGGUUUUCUCCUUCAUGGACGGUUUCUCCGGCUACAAUCAGAUCAGGAUGGCUCCUGAGGAUAGAGAAAAGACGUCUUUCAUCACACCCUGGGGUGCUUUCUGCUAUGUGGUGAUGCCAUUUGGUUUGAUAAAUGCUGGUGCCACUUACCAAAGGGGCUUUAUCGUCAGUCAAAAGGGUAUUGAAGUUGAUCCCGACAAGGUCAGAGCCAUCAGAGAAAUGCCUGUUCCAAAGACAGAGAAGCAAGUCAGAGGUUUUCUUGGUAGACUCAAUUAUAUCUCCAGAUUUAUCUCUCACAUGACCGCCACAUGUGGACCAAUUUUCAAGUUACUCCGCAAGGAUCAAGGGGUGAAGUGGAAUGAUGAUUUACUGGAAGAUUCCAUGGGCUGUGUUUUGGGUCAACAAGAUGAAACCGAAAAGAAAGAGCACGCUAUCUACUAUUUGAGUAAGAAGUUCACUGAUUGUGAGUCCCGAUAUUCUAUGGAUCCUAUCAAGUACAUAUUUGAGAAGCCAGCUUUAACUGGAAGGAUUGCUCGCUGGCAGAUGUUAUUGUCCGAGUAUGAUAUCGAGUAUCGCACUCAGAAAGCAAUCAAAGGUAGCAUCUUGGCAGAACAUUUGGCUCAUCAACCAAUCGAAGACUAUCAACCAAUCAAAUUCGACUUCCCAAAUGAAGAGGUUAUGUAUCUAAAAGCAAAAGAUUGUGACGAACCAGUGUUCGGUGAAGGUCCUGAUCCUGAAUCCGAAUGGGGUUUGAUAUUUGAUGGAGCUGUUAAUGUCUAUGGAAGUGGAAUUGGUGCGGUACUCAUUACCCCUAAGGGUACUCACAUCCCUUUUACUGCGAGGUUACGUUUUGAUUGCACAAACAACAUCGCAGAGUACGAAGCUUGCAUCAUGGGUAUCGAGGAAGCCAUCGAUUUGAGGAUCAAGAAAAUUGUCAUUUAUGGAGAUUCCGCUCUUGUGAUUAACCAGAUCAAAGGAGAAUGGGAAACUCGUCAUCCUGGAUUGAUUCCCUACAGAGAUUAUGCAAGGCGUUUGCUGACUUUCUUCAACAAAGUAGAGUUACAUCAUGUACCCCGCGAUGAGAAUCAAAUGGCAGAUGCUUUAGCUACUCUAUCCUCAAUGAUCAAUGUGAAUGGUCACAAUACUGUGCCAGUAAUCAAUGUCCAAUUUCUCGACCGACCUGCUUAUGUGUUUGUAGCUGAAGCAAUUGAUGAUGACAAGCCAUGGUAUCAUGAUAUCCAAGUUUUCCUUCAAACUCAAAAGUACCCACCUGGGGCAUCCAACAAGGACAAGAAAACAUUGAGAAAAUUGUCAAGCCGUUUCUUCCUUAACGAGGACGUUUUGUAUAAAAGGAACUUUGAUGGGGUCCUACUUAGAUGUGUGGAUAAGCAUGAAGCAGAAAAAUUAAUGCGCGAGAUUCAUGAAGGCUCUUUUGGAACUCACUCAUGCGGUCACGCCAUGUCGAAGAAGAUAUUGAGGGCUGGGUACUAUUGGAUAACAAUGCACGGCGAUUGCUACAAUCACGCCAAGAGAUGCCAUAAGUGUCAAAUAUAUGCUGACAAGAUUCAUAUACCACCAUCUAUGCUCAAUGUUAUCUCUUCCCCGUGGCCUUUCUCCAUGUGGGGCAUCGAUAUGAUUGGUCGGAUUGAGCCAAAAGCUUCCAAUGGACAUCGUUUCAUAUUAGUGGCUAUCGAUUAUUUCACCAAAAUCAUCACAGACAAUGGCACAAAUCUGAAUAACAACAUGAUGAAAGAGUUGUGCGAUGACUUCAAGAUUCAACAUCACAAUUCUUCUCCUUACAGACCACAGAUGAAUGGGGCAGUUGAAGCUGCAAACAAGAACAUCAAGAAGAUCAUACAGAAGAUGGUAGUUACUUAUAAGGACUGGCAUGAAAUGUUACCCUACGCUUUGUAUGGAUACCGUACCUCAGUGCGAACCUCGACAGGGGCAACCCCUUUCUCUUUGGUAUAUGGUAUGGAGGCUGUACUACCUGUAGAGGUUGAGAUUCCUUCUUUAAGAGUCUUGAUGGAAGCUGAAUUGUCUGAAGCUGAAUGGUGCCAGAGCAGGAUGAAACAAGCAUUCGAUAAAGGAGUCCAUCCCCGCGAAUUCAAGGAAGGAGAUCUUGUGCUCAAAUGUAUCAAAUCCUUUCAACCAGAUCCUAGGGGCAAAUGGACGCCAAACUAUGAAGGUCCCUACGUGAAGGCUCUCGAUGAGGGAAGGCUGCAGUUUGGGGAAAAAACUAAACAGCCAAUGCAAGUUGAUGUUGAUCCCUUGAAGAAAGCUGACUCCAUGUACGAUGAAGUGAUUAGUAUAAACAUGGUAGAUAUUGCAGAAGAAUUUGACAGCGAACUCCCUAUCAAAGCGCAGGCACUGAAAGAAAAUCCACAGGCUGAUGUUGAGAUUGUUACUAAGCACCAUCAAUCAGAGAAUGCAAUGGUUACUGAGGACCAGUUUGCUGAAAUGGUGAAGGUGGCAUACCCUAAGGUUGAGGAAUAUCUAAUUGAUUUUUUAAACAGGUGCAAGAUCUCUAAUACCAAUGCCAUGCUUUGUCCAAGGUGCAGUGCAAUCUUUGACAAAAAAGCUGCAAAGUCUGUCGAAGGAUUUCAACCACAGAUAAAGCGCAAGGGAGGAUGGGUGGACAACCGCUCAAAGUUCGGUUUCGGCAAGAUAGGUGUCUCAUACAAGAUGAAAUCCUCAGAGAAUCGCCCAGGCGGGAAUCAUAAGAAGACAUUCAAUCCACCUGCAGGAUCCCCUACAGAUACUUGUUCUUUUCAGGGGGCAAAAAAAUCUGGCUAUUCCGCCCCACCAACCAAAUGGGUUGAAAUGGCCGCAGGCGGCCUACAUUAUUCUAUUCGAAAGAAGUUGGAUACUCAAUACCUUAGAGAUAUGGCAUACCUGGCAGACAGAGUCCGACAAGUCGAGAGGCUUAAGGCUGAAAAAUCCUGGACAAACAAGUUCCCUAAAAGGGAAAAGGUUUCCUACGUAGACACAGGAGACAGUGACCCAUAA